GACAAAUGGUUAACGUGCAAAGAUCACAUCAAUAACAUCACGAAGCAGCUAAGAGCUCGACUGCUAUCUAGACCAGGUUUCAGGUACGCAUUAGGAUUCUAGUGCGUUAGAUCGGGUUACAGUAAAGUUGCAACACACGUAGAGUACCAAAUAGUGUUUAAUUCUAGCGAUGUUGACGUUUUCAUAAGGAACGUGAAGUCGAUUUACGAAUUAUUGAACCUGUUGACAUCAACAGACAGCUACGUGAUAUUAUAGAUGAUGUGAGAAACGUCGGGGUGGUCUUUACUGAAGGUGAAGUCGAUAGAACUUGUACAAUUUCGAGAGCUUCGACUACGCUACUCUAUAUAUCUUUCUAUUGUCAAUCGAUAUACCUGAGUGGAUGUAAGUAAUGGAUGUGAAUGCCAAUUGCUAACAAAACAAAAAUACAUUAUUUGAACUUCUCGGUACUGUUUAUUGUUCUUCGUUUUGUUGCAACAUGAUAUAAACCAUACGAAAGAAGACGUCAGAUAUCAGAAAAGCCGUGUGAAAAGAUGUAUUGCGCCUACGGAGCGUUAUGUUUAGUGGAUGAGAAAAGUCAGCAGGCAUACUGCAGGUGCCAAGAAGUAUGCACAGACAUCUUCGCACCCGUCUGUGGAAGCGACAAAGUGACAUACUCCAGUGAAUGUCAACUCAGAAUGGCUUCCUGCACUCAGCAAAGGAGGAUAUUCAUUCAGCAUUCAGGACCUUGUGAUAUGAAAGACCCGUGCCAGGAGAAGGAGUGCAACUAUGGAGCCCAGUGUAGACCAUCUCUAGAUGGUAGGACUGCAGAGUGCGUGUGUCCUGCCAAAUGUGCCACUUAUGGUGACAGUCGUGGUUCUAGACCGGUUUGUGGUACCGAUGGUAAAGAUUAUCCAAAUGUCUGCGAAUUGAGAAGAACUGCUUGCAGAGAAAUGCGAAAUGUUCAAGUGAAAUUUCAAGGAAGAUGUGAUCCUUGCGAAGGUGUGGAAUGUCCAGCAUCUCAGGUGUGUCAAUUAGACGAAAAUCGUAAUCCCAUAUGCCGCUGUAACGCUAUCUGUUCACCAGAUUUUAGACCAGUUUGCGGUUCCGAUGGCAAAACUUACACAAAUGAGUGCUCUCUUAGAGUGGAGGCUUGCAAAUCACGUAGAAGUUUAAGGAUCAUAUAUACCGGAGAAUGCAGUUCUGGUGCCAACCCGUGCGAGAAUCUUCAAUGUGGACCCGGACAAGAGUGUGAUAUUGAUAGAUACGGUAUAGCCACCUGUCAAUGUCCCGGUGCUUGCGAACCAGUUAUGAGACCAGUUUGUGGGACAGACGAACGGACGUACGACAGUCAAUGCGAGUUGAGACGUCAAGCGUGUAUCAGGAAACAGGACGUGUUAGUUGCGUACAGAGGAGAAUGUGGUAUAAAGGGUCCUUGUAGUAACGUACGGUGUGAAUUCGGUGCCAUGUGCGUCAUCAAGGGUGAGGAACCUGUUUGCGAAUGUGCCACGUGUUCUGGAGAAUUCCAACCCGUUUGCGGAUCCGACGGGAUAUCUUAUAACAAUGAAUGCAAACUGAAACGAGAAGCCUGCGAACAGAAAACCCAAAUUUCAAUCAAUUAUCACGGGCUCUGUAACGGGUGUGAAAAUAAAAAAUGCGAGUUUUAUGCAGUGUGCGAGAGCGAUGGUCAAGGAGAAGCUAAGUGCAUCUGUCCUCAAUUCUGUGCAAAAAUGGAUUCACCCGUUUGUGGUACUGAUGGUGUCACAUACAGCAAUGAAUGCGAAAUGAGAGUGUCAGCUUGUAAAAAGCAACAGUACGUCAUGGUUGCUUCCAAAGGAGCUUGUGAUUUAUGCUUGAACGUGCAUUGUAAAUACGGUGCCAGAUGCGAGAAUGGUAACUGCGUGUGUCCUACUGAUUGUCCAAAUUUAUACGAACCGGUUUGUUCCAACGAUGGUACAACUUAUUCUUCUGAAUGCGAGAUGAGGAAAGCAUCCUGUCAAGAAACUCAAGAACUUCGAGUGCUUUUUUAUGGUGAAUGCGAAGAUAUUGGUGGAUCUUCUGGUGUUGAUUUUGGUUCGGGUGUGAAGAAUUGCGAUGAAAAAGUCUGUAGUCACGGUGGAUCAUGCGAUUACGAUAAUGAUGGACAACCUUAUUGCGCUUGUCACUUUCAAUGUCCUUCCGUUCGAGAACCCAUAUGUGGAUCCGAUGGUAAAUUAUACAACAAUGACUGCAAAUUACGAGAAGAAGCUUGCAAGGAACAGAAACAGAUCAAACCUGUUUCUUUGGAUAGAUGCGAAGAUCAUCAAGUACUGCCUUGCGAUGGAGAGAAGCCUUUAGUCAAUCCCUUAACAGGUAAAGAUUAUAAUUGCGGGGAUGGAAUCGAUUCCAAUACGUGUCCACCGAGUAGUUACUGUCACAAAACACCCUCUUUCGCUAAGUGCUGCCGUGAAGUAUUGGUGAUUAAGAAUUGUGCUGAUUCCGCUUACGGAUGUUGUCCGGAUGGAGUGACCUCUGCACAAGGAGAAAAUCACGCAGGAUGUCCAAGUGUUUGUAACUGUAACCGGUUGGGAGCUUACGAACAGAGUUGCGAUCCCUCUAGUAAGCAGUGUCCUUGUAAACCAGGAGUGGGUGGUCUUCGAUGCGAUAGAUGCGAACCGGGUUUUUGGGGUCUUCACAAAAUAGCAGACGGAAAUAGCGGCUGUACACCAUGCGCUUGCGAUCCGAACGGUUCUGUAAGAGACGAUUGCGAACAGAUGACGGGGAGGUGCGUGUGCAAGAGCAACGUACAGGGCAUGAAGUGCGACAUAUGUCCACCCAAUACGGAAUUAGGACCGGAAGGUUGCACCGACGGUUCUAUAUCGAGACCGGUGGCGGGAACGUGCGAUAAACUGACCUGCCACCACGGUGCCACGUGCAGGGAGAAAGAUGGUCGCGUACAAUGUAUCUGUGACUUUCACUGCGCUCCGGAAGAAAGUCGAAAUCCUGUUUGUGGUUCCGAUGGUAACACCUAUGGGUCGGAAUGUCAAUUGAAGCUGUUCGGUUGUCGCUACCAGAAGCUAAUCAAUCUUCGUAACUAUGGCCCUUGCAAGAGAGGGGUGGAAUUUAAUGACGAAAAUCCAGAUACCGGUGUAACUCCUACAUCUAUACCGGUUCGAAGGUCAACAAUUAAUAAAAUAGCUGCAGAGGAAACUAAAUCGACUCGUGAUCUUCCUCUUAGCUUACCUGAGAAUCUCUAUCUUAGUACACGACCUACUAUAGCAUCUCCUACUCGUAAUAACGAACCACUCGAAGUCCCUGCAUUUUCUGGGAAUUCUUAUAUAGAGAUGCACCGCCUGCAGGCCUACACUCGACUAUCUCUAGAACUAGAAUUUCGCACGUUUUCGAACAAUGGUAUCCUGUUAUAUAACGGUCAAACAUCUACGGGGGCUGGAGAUUUCGUAUCUCUAGCUGUCAAAGAUGGAUACGUAGAAUUUAGAUACAAUUUAGGAAGUGGACCUGUAAUUUUAAGGUCCUCUCAACGUUUACAAGCGGGUCGUUUUCAUCGUUUAGUUGCUAAAAGAUACUUAAGAGACGGGAUGCUGACAUUGGACGGACAAGAAGAUGUAGCUGGAAAGAGUGAUGGAAACUUAAAAUCGUUAGAUCUCGGAGAGAAUCUGUUUCUUGGUUAUGUUCCUUCAGAAAAUAAAGGCGUAUUUGAGAAUAUUGGCGUGUCUAUGGGGCUGGUUGGAUGUAUACGACGACUUAGAGUAGGUAGGAAGGAGAUGAAUCUCGCUUAUCCUUUCUCCAAAGACAUUAUUAAAGCGAAUGGAGUCGACGAAUGCGCCAAUAGUCCCUGUAGCAGUCUACCGUGUCAGAAUGGAGCAACGUGCAUCGUCAAUGAAAAUGCACACUAUAAAUGUAUAUGCCAAGCGGGUUAUACAGGUAAAGAAUGCGAAUAUCCCUUAGAUUCCUGCACAAGCAAUCCAUGCAGCGAAGGAUCGACUUGUUUAGUAUUACCUCAAGGAGGAUUCAUCUGUAGAUGCUCCGUAGGCAAAACUGGUCCUUUAUGCGACGAAAUGAAUAUGGAAAUCUAUAACGUUUUCGUACCGGAUUUCAACGGUCACGCAUAUCUAGAAAUACCAACUUUGCAAAAUGUUGGUCAAGCUUUCACUUUGGAAAUAUGGUUCCUGACUAGAUCGAAAGAUGGUAUGAUUCUAUAUAACGGCCAACUUUCGUCUGGAAGAGGAGAUUUUAUAUCUGUUAAUUUAAUCAACGGUUACGUGGAAUUUCGUUACGAUCUUGGAAGUGGAAUUGCAAACAUAUCGAGUUCCAUACCAGUUACAUUAAAUAAAUGGCACGUAUUGAAAAUUACUAGAGUAAGAAGAAGAGGAACCAUCCAAUUAGACGAUAGUCCGGUUGUUACAGGAGAAUCUAAAGCUCCUUUAAGUGAAUUAAAUUUAGAACAACCACUUAACAUAGGAGGGUUUAAUCCACUCGGAAAAUUGAAUAAAGAUUCGGGUAUCCAGAAAUCCUUUGAUGGUGCUAUUCAGAGGUUGAUAGUCAAUGGAGAAGUUUGGGAUGAUUUACCCUCUAAAGCUAUCCGAUCCGUUGCUAUUCGAAAAUAUCGUGGUCCUCCUUGUGAAAAGAGUCUCUGCCAUCACGGGGGUGUCUGUAUACCUCAAUUGAACGACUACAUAUGCAAAUGUCCUAUGAAGUAUACUGGAAAAUACUGUGAAAAAAAUGUCGAUAAAGACGAGAUAAAACGAUCGGUAGCAUUUGAUGGCUCAACUUUCCUCAGUUAUCCAAACAAGAUAGUAAGGAGAGGUGAAAUGAGUGAAGAAUCGACAGAAACUGGAGUGGACGGACAGAGCGAAAAUAGGUUCGAAGUGAAAUUUCGAACGAAGAGAGAUAAUGGUUUGAUUCUGUGGACUAACAAAGGGAUGACGACCAGAGGCGAUUAUCUAGCAUUGGCCAUUAUUGAUGGUUACGUCGAACUUAGUUACAAUUUGGGGAAGCAAAAGGAACCACUGGUCAUCAGAAAUCCAUCGAAGGUCAAUGAUGGUAAAUGGCACGUUGCUAAAGUUGAAAGGAAGAAAAGAUUAGGAACUUUGAGAAUAAAUGGUAAACACGCGGCUACAAACAUAUCAGAACCAGGAGCUACAGAGCUAAACACCGAUGGAAUCAUUUGGAUAGGUGGAUCUAACAAACUCCCUUCUGGUCUACCCGAAAAAUAUUAUUAUGGAUUCACGGGAUGCGUGGAUUACGUUACAAUCGAUGGAGAUCCAUUACACUUGGCAUUGCAUGGAUCGUCGGAAGUAUAUUUCUGUCCAGAAUCUUGACGUGUGAUGAGAUUCAUCCAUUGAUUCAAUUGGGCCGUGCUGGGCGCGGCUCCCAUCGCUACCAUAGGAGCGUACAAUUCAAAAAAAAAAAAUCAGUGCCAAUUCUUCCAAAAAAUUAGGAAAAAAUUAUAUCAGAACUCUAGUUAAAGAGGAUUCUCCAUAAGGUACCCAAAAUGGAGGAAAUUCGAAGCAAAAUUCUUCCAAAAACAAAAAAACCAAGUGAACUAUGAACUAUGUUCGGCCCUUCUUUUGUUGCUAGCUAACUUCAAAAAAAAAACCAUCAUCCGCUAUCGAAGGAGCGUGUUUUUUCUACUAACUCUAUUGCUGCAGGAGAAACUCAUGUUCUACGUUGUACAGUAUUGUAUUGUUAUAUAAAUUUUUAUUAUUAUGAAA